GAGCGGCCGCGGCGGGGCCCCAUGCGGCGGCCGGGACGGAGCUCUCCGCCGCCGGGCCCCUCCCGUACCGACAGCAGCACUAGGAGCCGCCGAUGACCUGGACCAGCAGCAUGAGCAGCGGCUACAGCAGCCUGGAGGAGGAGGACUCCGAGGAGUACUUCUUCACCGCGCGCACCUCCUUCUUCAGGAGGCCGCCGGGCAAGACCCGCGCCGCCCCGCAAGAUGAUCAGAAGGAGACCGAACCUCAUGUUUAUCUCAGUAAAGAAGAAGUUAAAGAGAAGAUACAAAGCUAUAACUCAUCUGUUACUGAUAAAUUGAAGAUGACCUUGAACUCAAAUGGGAUUUACACUGGCUUCAUCAAAGUUCAGAUGGAACUAUGCAGACCGAUCACUGUGCAGUCUUCUCCCAGCCAGGGAACGUGUGCUCACAGCAAUAACGAAACUGCUUUUUACCUGCCCAACGACUGUGUGAAUACACUUCACAUCAGCAGCACCAAUACUGUCCGUGAAGUUAUUGAGGCCUUGCUCAAAAAGUUUUUUGUUGCUGACAACCCUGCAAAGUUUGCACUUUACAAACGCUGUCACAAGGAAGACCAAGUUUAUAUAUGCAAGCUGUCUGACAGAGAACAUCCCCUCUACCUGCGUUUGGUGGCAGGCCCCAGGACAGAAAUGCUCAGUUUUGUUCUACGUGAGCAUGAGACUGGAGAGGUCAUGUGGGAAGCUUUCAGCCUUCCUGAACUGCAAAACUUCUUGCGUAUACUGGACAAAGAAGAAAACGAGCAACUGCAAAUCCUAAAGAAGCGUUACGCAGCUUACAGGGACAAACUUGAAGAAGCCCUUGGUGGGGUGUGGAAACCUGGUUAAAAGGGGGCCAAAGCACACUCAGGAAAAAUGCACACAACCAAAUGUCAGUAUAGCAUGCCAAACCCAAAGUACAAAAGAGCAGCAAAGAGUAGUUUUCUUUAUUCAGAAGACUGUUUUGUGAUGCUAGGGUACCUGAAUUUUGCUAUAGACUUAGUCCAUAAGCCAGGUCACUUAGCAUCUCGCACCCACAAGUGUAAGGGAUUCUGCAUGUUUGUACAUCAGUUUGCAACCCUCUGUGUGCCUAGAGAGUUUUCCAAGUAAUCUUGGUGCAAGCUGUGAAACUGUAAUCAAUUUACUAGGAUGCUAUGAAAUAAGAUUAUUUUUUUUUCUUCUUUGCUUUAAUGGUAGCUUUACAAGUAAGGAGGUGCAAAUUGAUUGGUUUAAAAAAUGAAUAAAUCUAUCUGGAAAAUAAUCAGUUGGAGCACUAUCUUUGAGAUGAAAUUGAUUUGCACUACCUUUCUGUUUUCAAAUAGUUACUGUAUAAUUUGUGAGAGAACUGUUAUAGAUGGAAGGUGUAUGAGACCUUAUGUUUUGUUCUGUGAAAUUUGUGGAAGGCUUUCAGUUAGUCUUCCCAGAGAAGGUAAGGAGAAAGUUGAAGAGAGGGUUAGAGUUAGGGCAGGAAAAGUGUAAUAGUUGAUGGAGAAGGACUGGUUUUAAAUAGAAAUAGUAUUUAUACAGAGGAAAGUUAAAAUACUAAUUCUACAAGAGUAAAGUUUUAGGAUGUUGUAACAUUGUGACUAAGUUUUAGGGCUUUUUAAUUUCAUAAAUCCACACUGGAAAAGAAAUAAAGAUAGAAAAAUUGGGAAGGAAAAAGAGGCAAAAGCUGAAUAAGAAUGGAAGUGGAGCUGUACAGAGGUCACAGUUGGAGAAACUAGUUCCAUAAAUGUUUAAUGGGGGGUUGGAAAGUGCAGCAAAGCUAACCAAGUGGCUGCUUACUUGAAUUCUGAAAUGUGGAUGUUAUCUAAGAUAAAACUUUGUGAGAAAUACCCAUCCUAGUGAGUGUUUAGGAUCCAAGCUAUAACUACAGAUGCAUUUGGUCUUUGUUGCAAGUCAGAUCUUUCCUCUGGCUCAGCAAUCCAUUUUUAGGCUGGAUAAUUUUGAAUUGUCAUAUCUGAAAGACAAAAAUAGCUUCAUCUGCUUCCUCAUCUGUUAAAGGCUCAGUCAGGCAAAGGAAGUAAGAGUUUCUUGUUCAUGUUUCCAGCGUAACAGAAAAUUAAAUUAUAUUGACUGUAAAUUAUAUUGACCAAGCUUAGCAACACUUGCUUUUAGUAAUUCAAAGAUUUUCUCCCUCAUAUUUUUUAACUCCUUAAUUGAACACCUGAUUACCAAAUUCUGUAGACUGCUGAUUUACUUGAUUUAAAUGUAGGAAAAAUGUAGCAAGAAAACAUUUUACUUUAUUGUAAAUAAAAUUGUGGUUCUUUCAGAGUUAUUUAUCUAAAAAGCACGCUGGAAAGAAACCAAAGAAGUGGGAGUGCAAUAGAGGCAUAAGGCAGGUCAGGUAACCCAUAAUCCAGUCAUUACCACGCCGGAGAGGAAAUGAGCUGUGCAUAAUGGAGGUGAGGUGGGGGAAGUGCUACAGGCUGAGGAACUGCAGAAGUUGGGUGGUGUGUUUUGUUUCGAUUCCUUUGGGUGGGUUUUUUUCCUCUGCUCCUAGGAUGUUCAUUUUGAAUUCCCAAGGAAUUGUUAGAACUUUGGCGACAUCUAAUGGAUACUCUGUGAAACUCCACUAUGCUUCUGGUCAUCACCAAAAUUUGAUGUAACUGUGCCUUUGUUUCCUUUCCUUAGACUUCUUUUUUGAAACUCUUCACAGGUGUUUUUUGGUAAAAAGAAUUUGACAAUCAUAAUGUUUUAAAGUGUUAAGAGAAAUUAAAAGUAGGACUAACUAUAAAGUAUCUAUAUGGCAUAUCUUGUUGUUGUUUUUUUUUUUUUUCCUUAAUUUCACAUGUAACAUUGUAGUGCAUGUGUGAGUUAGUAACAUUAUCCUCAAGUGAGACACUUUAUAAUGGUUCAGGGAAUGCUUUUCUGUUUUGUUACGGUUUGUUUUUUCUAUGAAGCAGCAGCAUGUCCAUGGGUAUUCUGUUAACAUCUACUUAUUUAUAUGCCUGCCCGUAACGAUGUAGUCUUUACAUAAUCGCUGUUAAUGUUGAACCAUUUGUUGCUCAGAUUUAAACACUGUUUGAGUCUAAAAGUGGAGUAUAAAAAUAUGUGAAUUUUGUUUUUACUUGAACUGAACUAUCAGUCUUUUAAGUGGGCACAUCUACAUUUACUUCAGCCAAAAACCUCAAUCAGUGUUGUAUGCACUAUGAGUUUUGAAUUGGGGGAGAAGGGGCAAGAACCAAAACGGCUUACUAUAUUUUAAUUUUGUCUUAGUCCAUGGUUAAUUAUUGUAAGAUGUCAUGUGUGGGGUUAAUUAUUAUUAUUAUUAUUAUUAUUUUUUACACACUGGCAAUUACAACAGCUUUAAUUUAAAGAAAAGUAAUGGUCAUCCCUGGCCACCUUUUCUCUUUUUAAUUUUAGCAUCAAAUUAAACUGUCAAAGCUUUUGUUGCAGAACUGUUUUUUCAUUUCUUUAUGUGAUGGUACCAGAAUGAUCAGAUGAUUGGGGAAGGGGGGGGUGGGAGGAGGGGAAUGCAGGGAAACAUUAAAAUAUAUGUCUUUAAAAACAAACAAGCAUUAAACUAUUUAUAAUUUUGACAAGCUUAGUUUUAUUUUUAUAGGGAAGUUUUUAUUCCCCUAAAAGUUGUUAAUGAAAUGGCAAUUGAUGGUUCCAUUAUUAAAGUUGAAGUUGGCAAUACUUUG